AUGUCUAGCAUGCAAGAUGAAACCCUUGAAAAUCUACGCGAGGAUUGGAAAACUCUUUAUGCGACCACUCUCCCCCAACUAGCCCGCGCUAAAGACCCAAGCCAGCAAAGAUGGCCAGUAACGCUCGAUCACUGUUUCGCUCGUAUCAUACUUGACAACGUUAUUGGCAAAGGUGCUGGAUCUAGUGGAGAAGAUGUUCAAUGGGACAAGGUGCUGAGUAAGCCAGCUGUGAAGAACAUGAAUGGCCCACAGUUGAAAGCUGCUAUUGCGCUGGGAGAGAAGAUACAGAGGGGAGAAGUCGACCUCAUGGAGCUUGAUAGGAUGAGUUUGCAGGCUCGAGGCAAAAAUGAGGGCAAAUACAAAGAGACAGAAGAUAAAAAGAAGAAGCGGCCGCAUAGUGAAGUCAGUGGUGCGCAGACACAAUCACCUGGGAAGAGGACGAAGCUGGAUGAUGGGAAGAAACAGGCCACACUAGAAUUCGAGUCUUUGGAGAAGGUAGAUUCGAAGCAAUUGCCUUCACCUGCUGCAUCCGCCGACGAUGCCAACGACGACCACGAUGAGGAGGAGAAGCAGCAACACGACAGCACAGAGCCGCGCUCAAAGUUAGAAAAGAGUCUCGAUGUCACAUCGCAAUUAACUCCUGAGCAAAUCAGAAAUACUCUCAAACGCAUACACGAACACCCUAGUCUGACACCUUUCCGCCGUCGUCUAUACAUCUCUCUCCUCUCCGUGCCGUGUGGAAAGUACACCACUUACGCAGCUCUAGCCAAACAUCUCCAAUCCGUCGCUCGUGCUGUUGGUAACGGCAUGCGAAACAAUCCUUUUGCACCUGACGUGCCCUGCCACAGAGUACUCGCGAGUGACGGCACGAUCGGAGGCUUCUUCGGCGAAUGGGGACGAGAUGGGAAACUGACAGGAAAACAGAACGAGAAGGUGGAGUUGCUGAAAAGGGAAGGCGUCAAGUUUGACAGUAGAGGAAAAGUCAGGGGACCAGUCUGGUCUGAUUUCUGGGAUUUGGCAGAUUUUGAGAAGGAGUAUGGACAGCUCAGCUGA